AUGAGGGGAAAAAGGUUUAAAACAGCGAAUUUUGUUCCAGAUAGACGCAAUCUUUUUCCGAGAAAGAGACCUACUUAUCGAAUUCUUGAUUGGACUUUCUACCCUACAUUGUGUGAAAUCUAUUCUUGGAUGGAUUUUAUUAUAAAAGAACGCCCUAAUAUAGUUACGGGUUUCGACAUCGGCCGCUCUUAUGAGGGCCGUCUGAUACGAGGUCUGAAGCUUUCUUUUAAGUCCGGUAAGAAAGCGAUUUUUAUCGAAUCAAAUAUUCACGCCAGAGAGUGGAUAAGUUCAGCAGCUUGCACUUAUUUAAUCAUGGAAUUGUUGUUUUCCAUAAAUCCUGAUGUACGUGAACUGGCCGAAAGUCUUGAUUGGUGGAUAGUCCCCGUAUUGAAUGUUGAUGGUUUUGUUUAUUCGCAUGAGAAUGAAAGAUUGUGGCGUAAGUCAAGAAAACCUGUCAAUUCUGAUUGCGUCGGUGUCGACUUAAAUCGUAACUUCAACUAUAAAUGGGAAAUCAAAAGAUGUGCAGAUCCUUCUUCAAAUAUGUACAGUGGUCCUUGCGCUGAAUCCGAACCAGAAAUUGAACAAUUGACAAAUUUUAUAAGCAACCAUAUACCAAAAGGUUCUAUUAAGAUUUAUGUAGCACUACAUUCGCCACUGCAAGCAGUGCAUUUGCCUUGGUCGCAUACGAAAGUGCCGCCCGAAGAUUAUCAAGAACUUUUAUAUGUGGCCAAUGCUUUCGCUGAAGCUUUGUAUUCCCGGUAUGGUACUAAAUAUCAUUGUGGAAGCAGUGCCAAUUUAUUAUCACAUUUGUUUUCUGGAGGCAGCAGAGAUUGGGCUUACGGAGAGAAACACAUACCAAUAGCCUAUACAAUUGAAUUACCAGGAAAAGGUCGGCCAUCGCCUUAUGAGUUGCCAGAGGACAGUAUUUUGCGUACAAGCGCAGAAUUUUUGGAUGGUUUUAUUGGAAUGGUUAGAGCUGUUAAAAAACUUGGUUACAUUUAA